AUGAUCCUAGUCACGAUUGCUAGAUUUGGUUGCAAUGAGUGUUCAGAUCACAAACUAUCACAUAUGAGACAGAACCCUCCCCCACAACAGCAAAAGGAACGUCAAAACUAUUGUAUUGCAUCGACUGCAACCACCUACCAAAGAAAUCAGAAUUCACCACAAAAUAAAAAAACUAAGCAUCAAUGGCAAAAAAUUGAAGAAAAGACCUAUAACUGCAAAGCUACUGCUAGCAACAA